UUCAAUUUCUUUUAUUUGGCGGUGGCAUUAGCGCAACUGCUCCCCGUGCUACAAGUGGGUCCGUUGUUUACGUACUUGGCGCCACUGGCAUUCGUACAAUUUGUUUCUAUUGCGAAGGAAGCAUACGAUGAUUACAAAAGAUAUGUACGGGACAGAGAAAUGAAUGAACAGGCGUAUAAACGCCUCACCCCUCACGGUUUAGAGAAUAUUACUGCAGCAGAAAUACGAGUGGGACAGAUCAUACAAAUAAAUGCAAAUCAGCGCGUACCCGCAGACGUCGUGUUUCUCCGGACCACCGAUACAUCCGGCAGUUGUUUUAUACGUACGGAUCAGCUUGAUGGUGAAACUGACUGGAAACUACGACGCGCUGUCCACAGUACGCAACAUUUACGUGCAGCAGAAGAUCUCUUCAACGUAAAGGGAUGGUGUCUUGCGGAGGCUCCUCACCUAGAUAUAGAUGAAUUUGCUGGGCAGCUUUCUUACAGAUCUCUCCAUCGUUACAAACCCCCACGAGUUCGUACAAUCAAGAGACAGCAGCAGGAGGGAACAGUAGAAGGCUUGACACUCGAGAAUGUUCUCUGGGCCAAUACCGUCGUUACAUCAGGCUCUGUGCUUGGCCUCGCCAUAUACACCGGAAAAGAAACGCGAGCAGCGAUGAAUGCCUCGCAUGCAAAGCAAAAAGUUGGACUGUUUGAUCUGGAGCUCAACCUAAUGAGCAAAGUUUUGUUUGCAAUUCUCGCUCUGCUGGCAUUUGUACUGGUCGCUUUACGAAAACUGGAAGGCAUAUGGCACGUCUACUUUUUGCGCUUCGUUUUACUUCUUUCCUCAAUUAUUCCCGUGUCUUUACAAGUGAAUCUGGUCAUGGCAAAAACGCUUUACAGCAUAUUCAUCAUGAAGGAUAGGAAAUGAAAGAUACGGUAGGUUUAUCGACAAAAAACCUAUCCCGAAGAAUUAGGAAGAAUAGACUUCUUACUAACAGAUAAAACAGGAACUCUCACACAAAACGAUAUGCGUUUCAAGCGCCUGCAUGUGGGCAGGGCGGUAUUCGCAGAAGAAGCAGGAGGCAUCGAGCAGCUUCGUGUAUUUGUUCAGCGUCACUAUCAGCAGCAGAGCACUUCUACAAAUGCUAAUUAUAAUGAUAAUACUACUAUUACUACUACUGCUUUGUUGACUACUGUCCCCUAUUACCGAAAUGCUGAUAAUGCUUCUCCUUUCAACAACACGAAUAGUAGAGACCCCUCUCUCUAUAUCAAUGGUACGAGGAAUACUAAUACUAAUGCGAGUAAUAAUAAUACUACUUCUUCAACUACUUCAACUACUAGUUCUACUACUCUUACUACCACUCGUACAAGAAAAGGAGCAAGCGGAAUAGCUGGAGGAAGAGCAGUACGAGGGGACGGCGGAACUCCAAGUGGAAUAAAUUCCGAAGGAGCUCGUGUGGCUGUGGAGGCCGUAUUGGCUCUCAGUCUGUGUCACAACGUCACUCCUGUCAUGCAAAAUGGUCAAAAGAUUUCUUUUCAAGCGGCCUCUCCUGACGAAGUUGCACUCGUCCGUUUUGCAAGUGACGUGGGAAUACGUCUUGUACAUCGUGAUGAAUCGAAAAUUGUCGUUGAAGUUCCGAAUGGAGAGAGGCAUGCAUAUGAAGUUCUUCUUUGUUUUCCAUUUAGUUCAGAAACAAAGAAAAUGGGAAUUAUUCUUCGUUCAAUGCGUACACAAAAAAUCGUUUUCUAUGUCAAAGGAGCAGAGGCAGUCAUGUUGCCGCUGUUGCAGCCGAAGGGUUCGCAGUGGGUAGCGGAAGAGAGUGACAAUUUCGCUCGGCAGGGUUUACGUACGCUGGUCUUAGCAGAGAAGCAACUAACGGAGAAUGAAUUUUUCUCUUUCUUACAGCGGUAUUCGUCUGCAAAAGCAGCGCUUGUUGAUCGAAAUGCCAAGUGCAGAAGAGAACUCCAAAGGCUCGAGCAAGACCUGCGGCUGCUUGGGCUUACUGGCGUUGAGGACAAACUCCAACACGAUGUACCUGCAACUUUGGAGUCACUAAGACAUGCGGGUAUACGUAUUUGGAUGCUCACUGGAGAUAAAGUGGAAACGGCGGUGUGUGUGGCGGUGUCUGCGGGUCUAAAGGGACGGCAGCAUGCCAUAACGAUAUUGUCGAGUAAAGAAGAUCGCACGCCUUCUCAG